AUGAAGAACAUUGAAGAACAAAGAGAGAAAGUAGAUCUAGGAGAAACUCUAUUCCCUUUUUUUUCUCUUAAUUGUGGAUAUGAAUGCAAGUAUUUAAAAGAAGAGCUUAAGAUGAAGAGGAAAAAACAGUUGAAGAAAGAUACGGCCUCUAAAAUAAAGUCCUUGGUUGAUGAGGGAAAGCAUGAGCAAAUAUAUGAGCAAUCUGAGGAGUUUCAGAAGGAGCUGAAGUUAAAGAUAUCAGAAGAAGAGGGAAGACUGAAGAAAGAUGAAGAAGAACAAAAGGAGAUACGGAAGAAGAAGCGUGAGCAUGAAGAACAGUGGGAAGGAACUAGAGAAACAGGGUUUGUAUCAAGCUGGCGAGACUUCUUGAAAGCAGGAAAGAAGGCCAAGAAGGGAGAGACGCGUCCUCCAAAAUUGAAGACAGAGGAUCCAAACAAAUCAUACGUUCAAAGGCCGGUAAAGAAAGGCUGAGUCUCUCUCUUAUUCUUUGCUGUUGUUCCCAUUGAUAGAUUGGCCUUUGACUCGUUCUACUGCUUGUGUCUGUGUAUCUCUUUGUCCAUCACCAACUCAUUGUCUUUCUAAUUUAUCUCACUUCUCAAACGCGUAUGACCUUUUACAACAACGUAUUAUUGCCUCAGGAAUAUCUUUAGAACUGUA